AUGGCCACCAGGAAGAAGCUUAAGGACCGAUUAACGAACCGAAAAUCGUUGAUGUCGUCGUUCGAGGCAAUGGAAAACUUCGUCGAGAAUUAUGAUGAGGAGCGCGAUAUUCUGCAAGUGCCUGUACGCCUCGAAAUGCUGAAUCAGCUGUACCAAGACUUCAUCAAGGUACAAGCUGAUCUCGAACGUUUGGAUAGUGGUGAUGCGCCGUUAGCAAGGCACUUCCAAGAGCGCAAUGAGGUAGAAUCGCGGUACUGUGCAGUGAAAGGUUGGCUGAUGAGCCAAAUUGUGGCCGAACCGGCUCCUGUCAAUGAGACCAUCACUACCCCAUCAACGUCAGCCAGCUUCCAUCUGCGCCUCCCCAAAAUCGACUUGCCAAAGUUUGACGGGGACUACUCUCGUUGGCUUGGAUUCCGAGACACGUUCAAAUCCAUGGUCCACGAUGUUCCAGAAAUCCCACCGGUGGCGAAGUUACAAUUCCUGUUGCAAUCUUUGGAGAAAGAUGCAAAGAAACCAUAUGAGACGGUGGACAUCGAGGCAGGUAAUUAUGGACCAACUUGGGAAGCCCUCCUCAAACGAUACGAUGACCAGCGGUUCCUCAGAAAGCAGUUGUUCCGGGCCUUGUAUGACCUGGCCCCCAUUCGCAAGGAAUCUCCGGAAGGUCUCCACACGCUAGUGGACGACUUUCAACGCCACGUCAAGGCAUUGGCAAAAAUGGGGGAAGCAGUCGACACCUGGGACACUCCACUGGUAUGUAUGCUUUCUUACAAGUUGGACUCUUCUACUUUUCGUGCCUGGGAAGAACAUUCCUCAAAAUUGGACCAAGUUACGUACGCCUUAUGCGUCGAGUUCCUGUACCAACGAAUCAGGAUUCUCCAAACGGUCUCAUCGGAGAUGGAGCAUCGUUACACAUCGGUCAAGGUGGCCGGUGUCAGCCCGUUCAAGAAGCCCCAGCAAUCGAGGUCGGUUGCCAAUACCGCGGUUGCUAGCCCACGAUCCAAUCCCCUAUCGUGCAUCUCCUGCUCCGAAAAACAUCUGUUGGUUCAGUGUCCAACUUUCCAAAGGCUCUCCGUUGGUCAACGGAGGGAACUCAUUGCCCAGAAACGUCUUUGCUGGAACUGCUUCAAGUCAUCCCAUGUCGCUCGGAACUGCGACUCAAGGUUUUCCUGUCGCCUCUGUCACGAAAGACACCACACGCUGCUCCACCAACCUCAAGCAUCACCAUUCCCACAGAAAGGCAGUAGCACUCCAGUCGUUGAGCAACCAGCUUCCUCCUCCACGGUAAGGUCCGUGGAAUCAAGUGUAUCAGCGCAUCCAGCCACCGAAGUGAGUAUGCCAGCUCAUGUUCGCUCGUCAAGCACAGCUUUCCUUUGCACGGUUGUUCUGACAGUCCUCGAUGAAUACGGAAACGAGCAUGCCGCUCGAGCACUCAUCGAUUCCGGAUCCCAAUCCAACUUAAUAUCCAAGAAGCUGGCUCGUCGUCUGAAUCUGAAACCAGAACGAACCAAUAUCCUUAUCAGUGGUGUUGGGGAGUCGAUGACCACGGUGUCACAGCUAGUCUAUGCAACUAUCCGCUCACGAGACGAGUAUUACACUAGUGAAUUGGAGUUCCUAGUGCUUCCAAACCUAACCACCAAGCUUCCAGGCAGAGACGUAAACAUUUCGGAUUGGUGCAUUCCCAAGUCAGUCGAGCUUGCCGAUCCUAACUUCAACAUUUCUAGUAGCAUCGACAUGAUAUUGGGAGCUGACCAAUUCCAUGAAUACCUGAUGAGUGGUAGGAUCCACCUCAACCGUGGCUCACCGACGCUAAUCGAAACAAUCUUUGGUUGGGCAGUGUCGGGUCGUUGGUAUAAUAAUACUGCACGGGUUCCUCUACACUGUUGUACCGCAACUACCACCCACAACCUGGAAACACUAAUGGAGAAGUUCUGGGAGAUUGAGUCCAUCACUACCGGUCGAAUUUACUCGGCAGAAGAAGUCGCUUGUGAUGAACUGUACCAAGCUACUACGACCAGAAACGCAGACGGGAGGUAUGUAGUCGCUCUUCCAAAAUCUCAGAAUCCCCAUAUUCAACUCGGCGAAUCCCGUGCCAUCGCCGAAAGACGUCUGCGAAGUCUGGAACGCAGGCUUGAGAGGGACGAAGCUGUCAAGGUAGCCUACCACGCGUUUAUGGACGAGUACCUACGACUUGGCCACAUGCGACGUUUAGAAGAUCCGGUAGAUGAUUCCCUGAUGCACUACUACUUGCCACAUCACCCUGUUUUUAAGGCCAGCAGCACUACGACAAAGGUACGGGUUGUAUUCGAUGCCUCCUGCCGCACAUCAUCCGGCAAUUCCUUGAACGACAUUCUCCUCGUUGGCCCAGUCGUGCAAGAGGAUCUCCAGUCCAUCGAAAUGCGCUUCCGGACGAAACCUGUUGGAGUCGUGGCGGAUGUGGAGAAAAUGUACCGGCAGAUUGGAGUUGUACGCAUCGACCGAUCGCUCAUCCGAAUUCUCUUCAGAAAAAAACCAACAGAUCCAAUCUCCACGUUCGAGCUUCAGACCGUUACAUAUGGUACAUCCUCUGCACCAUUCCUCGCCACUCGAACCCUAGUCCAACUCGCAAACGAUGAAGGUGAGAAUUUCCCGAUGGCGAAGAAGGCCGUGUUAGAAGACUUUUACGUCGACGACCUCAUCAGCGGUGCCGAAACCCCAGAAGAAGCCAUGGAACUUCGUCGCCAGCUCAGUGAAAUGCUACAUUCCGCCGGUUUUCCAUUGAGGAAAUGGGCCUCCAAUAGCUCAGCCGUCCUGACCGAAAUUCCUUCGGACGAACUAGCAAUCCAACCGUUUUACGAGUUCUCCGAUGAACAGUCGGUGACCACCCUCGGGCUGAUCUGGGAACCGAAGUCCGAUACACUGCGAUUCCGAAUCCAGCUUCCAAUUCCUGCUACCGUGCUCACCAGACGAAACGUCCUUUCGUAUAUCGCGCAGAUCUACGACCCACUGGGCCUCGCUGGUCCGGUUAUCUCAAUCGCCAAGCAGUUCAUGCAACGCCUGUGGGCGUUGACGACCAACGACGGGAAGACUUACGCUUGGGAUGAUCCACUUCCACCAAGACUCCAAACCGAAUGGAAAACGUUCCAUGAUCAGCUGAAUCUCUUGAGUAACGUACGAAUUCCCCGAUUUGUCUCGGUGGCCGGUGCAACCAACAACCAACUACACUUCUUUUCGGAUGCUUCCGAGAAGGCUUACGGUGCAUGUGUAUACAUGCGCUCCGAAGAUAAACAUCAGAACAUUUAUGUCCAUUUGCUGGCAGCAAAGUCAAGAGUCACGCCUUUGAAGACUCGCCAUUCCAUUGCGCGCUUAGAACUCUGCGCGGCGGUUUUGUCUACGGAACUCUUCCAAAAGGUAAUUGCUUCCCUAAAAUCAGACUGUCCUGUAUUCUUUUGGGUAGAUUCCACGACGGUGCUGCAGUGGUUAAAGUCAUCACCGGCCUGCUGGAAGGUAUUCGUGGGCAAUCGAGUCUCAAAAAUCCAACAAGCUACGGUGGGACAUCCAUGGAAUCACGUCGCUGGGUCCGACAAUCCGGCCGAUGACAUCUCGCGUGGCCUUACUCCGGCUGAUCUUCUCCACUGCGAACGCUGGUGGACCGGACCAACAUGGUUGAAACUUCCGUCGGACCUGUGGCCAAACCAAUCCAUCGGAGGCGAUAAUACUUCAACAACCGUCGCUGAAGAACGCAAGAUUUGUCUAGUAGCCAACGCAGCACAAUCCAACGAGUUCUCCGAAUUCUUAUUUGGUCGCUUCUCGGCAUACUCCAAGCUACGCCGAAUUGUCGUUUAUGUUUCCCGCUACCUGCGUGCACUGCACGCAUCAGCCGCAAGCAACCAUCCAAAUGGUGCUUGUGCAGUCUCAUCGAAGCCUAUGGUACAACCCGCCGCAUUCCUCACAGCGUCGGAACUACGGGAGGCCGAAAUCGCCUUAUGUCGCCUGGCUCAGCGCGAUACGUUCUCUGGAGAAGUGGCAGCUCUACGAAACGGUAUACUAGUUGAUAAAUCUUCGUCGAUGAAAUGGCUCAACCCGAUCAUUAGCAUAAACGACGUCAUUCGGGUCGGUGGACGACUCGAAAACUCCAAGGCUGCUGAAGAUACCAAACACCCAAUCAUCAUUUCCGGCAAGCAUCCGCUGGCCACGCUACUGGUCAACCACUACCAUCGAUUGCUACUGCAUGCCGGACCCCAGCUGAUGAUGUGCACCAUUCGUCAAAAAUUCUGGAUUCUCGGAGGUCGGAAUCUCCUUCGUCAGGUGUAUCACCAAUGUCACACCUGCUUCCGACGAAAGCCAACUCUCGUGCAACAAUCAACAGCCGAUUUACCAACCUCACGAGUAACUCCAUCCCGUCCGUUCUCUGUAUCGGGAGUGGACUACUGCGGUCCAAUUUACCUCAAAGGAGCACACCGCAAGGCUGGACCAGUGAAGGCAUACAUCGCUAUUUUUGUAUGUUUCUCCACCCGAGCGGUCCACAUAGAACUUGUUCACGAUCUUUCGACGGCGGCAUUCCUUGCUGCACUCCGAAGAUUUGUUGCUCGUCGCGGUAUGGUCUCAGAGUUGCAUUCUGAUAACGCGACCAACUACAAGGGAGCUGCAAACGAGCUCAACCAAGUGUACCGAAUGCUCAAGACAAACGAACAGGACCGCAAGCUUAUCUUCAACUGGUGCACCAACAGCAACAUCGAGUGGAAGUUCAUACCACCCCGCGCGCCCCACUUUGGUGGACUAUGGGAGGCGGCGGUAAAAUCGACGAAAAAUCAUCUGUUGAAAGAAUUAGGCACAACAACAGCCACCCAGGACGAAAUAAUAACUCUACUCGCUCAGGUAGAAAUGUGCCUGAAUUCCAGGCCAAUUACCCAGAUGUCACCCGAUCCAGCCGAUUUGGAAGCACUCACUCCAGGUCACUUCUUGGUCGGCUCCAAUCUUCAAGCGAUUCCCGAGUGCGACGUCAAACCAACACCGGACAACAGGCUGUCACGAUGGCAGUUAGUGCAAAAACGAGUCCAGCAGAUUUGGAGAAGGUGGUACCCCGAAUAUCUCCAACAACUUCAAGCCCGCUCCGCCAAAGGCUGUCGAUUGCCCGUUAACAUCGAAGUUGGUCGUUUAGUCAUCAUAAAAGACGAUAACCUCCCUCCGGCACAGUGGCCACUGGGCCGCAUCACGAAACUCCAUCCUGGGCAGGACGGAAUAGUACGAGUCGUCACACUCCGGACGGCGACCACCGACAGUGUUACCCGGCCAGUCGCCAAAAUCGCUCUUCUUCCGAUGCCAUCCGACGACACCGAGAUCGAUAAAGGUAAAAACUGA